AUGGUGGAGAUUCAGACAAGAACUCUUGACCACUUCUUUGAUUAUUGUCCCAAUAUCAAAGAGGAGGAGACAAAGUUGAAUGUUGAUGUUGUUGCUGCUAUCCCAACAACUCAAACUGAAGCUGACGCUCCUAGCGCCACAACUAAUGAAGUUGAGAUUGUCGAUGAAAACCCAACUUUCUAUGAAUCUCCUGAAGCUGAGGUUGUUGAUGAAACCGUCCGAGUUGGUGUUGAAGCUCGUGACGAAGACCUUUUUAUCACCUAUGCAACUGAUGCUGGUGAUAAGGAAGAUGUUGAUGAAGAAGAUGACGAUGAAGACGAUGAUUCUCCCAAACUUCCUGAUGCUAGAAUGGACCUUGGUGACGAUGAUGACGAAGAUGACGAUGAUGAUGACUUCACCAUUUAG